AUGGCCAUUCCAAAGACGAAAACUUUGAUUGUUCCAGCACCAAUAAUUGAUGCUCAAUCUCCUUUCAUUCAAGAAGGUGAUGACGCAUCAUCAAACACAGGAAUUGCAGGUCUUAAUAUCACUAACGAUGUUGAAAAAGUUGCUCAAACUUUAUGUGUUGCUUUCACUUCUCCAUGUAGUGAUUAUUUGAUGAAGAAAUUUUUCAACAUUCCAUUAGAUGAACCUACAACGAGAGCCCGAGUGAACGCUAUGAUUCAUUAUUAUACUGCUUGUUACCAUGAUUUAGGUGGGGAAUUAGCUGAGGCUAAUGAUUUUGAUGCGGUCAGUCUUUGGAGUAUUCCUGGGAAACAUUUACCUGUUAGUUAUACAAAUGAUGAUAAGUUCAAUAAGAUUUUUUUCGAUGAUAUGUUGAAAAGGAAAUUGAGUGUUUUACCAGUGGGGAUGGAAUAUUAUUAUCUUUUUAUGAUUGGGAAAGAUUUAAGGCAUCCUGAAGUGAGAGGUUCCGUCAGGUCCAUUUUCAAAUAUUAUCAAAAAAGAGCAGAUGAUGAUAAUUGUGCCAUUAUCUUGGAGGCGAUUAGUGAACAUGCAAAAUCUGUUUAUGAAUAUUUUGGGUUCAAAAAUUAUUUGACUUUCCAUUUUGGUAAAGGUGAAUGUGAUUCCCAGGGUAAUUUGGAUCCAAAUGGUGAAGGAUUCACAGCAUAUUUAAUGAUUUAUCAUAAAGAUGGUGACAAAGUUUUGAGAGCUUAG